AGCCUGCAGUCACCUCAGCCUCUGCUGCCACUUCAACCUAUGCCGCCAUGCAGCCUGCAGUCACCUCAGCCUCUGCCGCCACUUCAACCUAUGCCACCACGCAGCAUGCAGUCACCUCAGCCUCUGCCGCCACUUCAACCUAUGCCACCACACAGCCUGCAGUCACCUCAGCCUCUGCCGCCACUUCAACCUAUGCCGCCAAGCAGCCUGCAGUCACCUCAGCCUCAGCCUCUGCCGCCACACAGCCUGCAGUCACCUCAGCAUCUGCCGCCACUUCAGCCUCUGCCGCCACACAGCCUGCAGUCACCUCAGCCUCUGCCGCCACACAGCCUGCAGUCACCUCAGCCUCUGCUGCCACUUCAACCUAUGCCGCCACGCAGCCUGCAGUCACCUCAGCCUCUGCCGCCACUUCAACCUAUGCCGCCACGCAGCCUGCAGUCACCUCAGCAUCUGCCGCCACUUCAACCUAUGCCGCCAAGCAGCCUGCAGUCACCUCAGCCUCUUCCGCCACGCAGCCUGCACUAACCUCAGCCUCUCCCGCGACCUCAGCCUCUGCCACCACCCAGCCUGGUACUACUCCAGAGGAAGGACAGUUGGCUGUGGAUGACCAUGACAUGCCAGGCAUGGAUCGUUUGGACCUACUAUCAGAGUUUGUGGUCAGCAUGAGGAACUCUAGAGGUCAGCACAAUCAUAGGUCUCUGCCAGAUCCUGCUGCCCUAUGACCAACAACAGGUGACAUGUGCUACCAGGCAUCAGGACAGGCUACUCCUGGUGUGGAGAGUCUGAAGCGAUGCGUCCUGGGAUCUACUGCCUCCCCUGCACUAUAAAUAAGGUUUUACUUGAGCAGUGUAAAUAUCAAAACGUAAAUAUUUCUUGAUGUUCAUAUGUACAAAGUGUGUGAUCAGCACUGAGACAACAGACUUUGUAGAAGUAGGAUAUUAAUCC